CUCUGUGUAACUUUUGUAUUCCAGAACAGCCGAACAGACCCUGAAGAGUUGUUCACUAAACUAGAGCGUAUCGGGAAGGGCUCGUUCGGUGAGGUGUUCAAAGGCAUCGACCGCCGCACUCAGAACGUAGUGGCCAUCAAGACCAUCGAUCUUGAGAAGCGGAAGAUGAGAUCGAAGACAUCCAAACAGGAGAUCACCGCACUCAGCCAGUGCGAUAGUCCUCAUGUCACCAAAUACUAUGGCUCUUACCUAAAGGGUAGUAAACUAUGGAUCAUAAUGGAGUAUCUGGGCGGAGGUUCAGCUCUGGACCUGCUGAGAGCCGGACCCUUUGACGAAUACCAGAUAGCCACCAUGCUGAAGGAGAUUUUGAAAGGUUUGGACUACCUGCACUGUGAGAAGAAAAUCCACAGGGACAUAAAAGCUGCCAACGUGUUGUUGUCUGAGUCUGGUGAGGUGAAGCUGGCAGACUUCGGUGUGGCGGGACAGCUGACAGACACGCAGAUCAAAAGAGAGACGUUUGUAGGUACACCGUUCUGGAUGGCCCCGGAGGUCAUCCAGCAGUCUGCCUACGACUCGAAGGCUGAUAUUUGGUCUCUUGGGAUCACUGCCAUUGAGUUGGCCAAGGGCGAGCCCCCAAACUCAGACAUGCACCCCAUGAGAGUGCUCUUCCACAUCCCCAAGAACACACCGCCCACCCUCAACGGAGACUUCUCCAAGACUUUCAAAGAGUUUGUGGACUCCUGUCUCAACAAAGACCCUGGAUUUAGGCCAACAGCAAAGGAACUCCUGAAGCACAAAUUCAUCGUUAAAUAUGCCAAGAAGACAUCCUACCUCACCGAGCUCAUUGACCGGCUGAAGCGCUGGAAAGCCGAGGGUCACAGCGAUGGAGAAUCGAGUUCUGACUCUGACUCGGAGCCCAGUAGUAAGGACAAUGACUCGUCUCCUGAGUGGUCCUUCACCACUGUCCGUAAGAAGAAGCCGGACAAGAAGCAGCCCAAUGGAAUGGACGAAGAAGUGCAGAAGAAGUCAAGCAGUUUAACCACCGUCAUGGCUCCUGUUUUUUCAGAGCUGAAAUCACAGCACAGAGACGAUGACAUGACGAGAGGAGUUCUGGAGCAGCUGGAGAAGAGCCUGCAUGUGGCUGAGGACAUCUGUCCCGGUGUCACAGACAGGAUGAUCACCCACAUCCUGGAGAGGGUGCAGAGGUUCUCUAUGAGUUAGUGCUACAUUGGGUUGCUGGGAACACGCCACCCUUCUGCUGUCAGCCCUGAUGACUGCACCUUAACACACUCACACAUGUACAGAGACGGAGGGACGCGGGGUCGCACACACACUAUCUUAUCAUAACCAAAAGGAUUUUUUUUUUUUUUUUUUUUUUUUU